GGCAGCCACAGCACAGACCGGCAGAACCACAUCCAAACAUCCAACCCAACCCAACCCAACCCAACCAACCGAUGAUGGACUUUUUUUUUGGCGGAGCCGUAGACGUCAGAGCUGCGUGCAGAUGAUGACCAGAACUGUUGUUUGAGAAAUACUGUACAUGUACGUACGGUACGUACGUGUACCAUCUACGUGUACGUCAGUGCCAACUGCAGAAGUUGAAAUCAGCUUUUAUGCCAUCUUUGGGUCAUUCGGCGAAGAAUGCGAAAAGCAUUUUUUGCAUUAUUUAUGUAUCACUUCCGGUAACAACGGGAGAUUGUUCAAGAAGGAGAUUAUGAAUUUAAAGGUCUGGAGUGCAAUGACUCUUCGGAGCACGUAGUAUCGUAUUUCUAGUAAACUAAUUUAGCAAAAAGACUGCAUUCCAGGAAGAGAAGAAGCGUUGGGCAACUUUCUUUCCGAGGGAGAAACUAGAGUUCUUGGAGAUGCUGGAUUGCACUAACUAAAAAGCUUAAAAGCUUUUUGGUACCGGAAUAAAGUGUACUCUUUAAAUGUAUACAAGAUUCCCCAAUUUUCGUGUUCCAGUGGGAGCGGAGAAGGAGCGAUUGCCAGGUUUUCUUCCUGUCGUGUGCGGUGUUUUGCGAUGGCCAUAAAAUAAGUUUCGAAUUCUAUUUUGAGGUUUUUUGAUAUCUCCAGCCAACUCAAAACCCUUGCAAGGCACACACAAAACGACUGCAACACAUCUAUUGGUCGCCUAUUAUCUAUUGUUUCUGAACUGGUACCAUUAUCUCAUUUCAUUGCAACACAAUCAUGUCCAGUUCUACCGAUUAUCAUCACAACGACGAAGAAAUGAUGGCUACCCCUCUGCCUCCUGCCGUGGAAGAAAAUGCCGAUUGCCUUCCGAGUCAUACCACCAUUCUAAGUACCAACGGAGCUCCUGAUAACAAUGGCAGCGUGGUCCAACUGGAGCAUUUGGAAGUCAUCCGAGUCUGUGAAGAUGAAGAUGAUGAUGAUACCUUACCCAAGCCUCAACGCAAAAACACCGAUGCCACAUCCAUGACGGGCUCGAGCAGUUUUCUGGAUGAUGGAAGCGAAGUCGACUGCGAUCCCGUCAAAACCACAAAGCCUCCAUCCUCCCUGGAUUUGGUCCAUGAAGAAGACGAAGACGACACGAAAGUCGAAGACAGUUGCUGCUGGAAAUGGUGCAAGAUCCUUCUAUUCCUGUUGGUCGUCGUGGUUGCCGUCUUGUUUACCGCGGUCAUGGUGGGAGCCGUCCUCGAACGCAACUCGUAUUCCGGAAAGGAGGGUACCAAUCACUACUAUACCACACCGCAAAUGUGUGGCGUAGACAAUCCUUUGACCGACACGGGGGUUACCUUUCCCAGUCUGACGGAUCUUCACAACGCGGGUUCCAAGGUGGCCCACUGUGGGGACUGUGGUGCCUGUUCCACCGCGCACGAUAUGGACAUUAUGGGCCGCACGGCCGAUUCCUUGACCAAGGACAGUACCGCCUGUGCCUUCAAAAUCUUUUUUGGAAGACGAGCCGUCGAAAAAUGUAUGGAAGAACGCGUGGGCUUUACUCCAGCCUGCGAAGACUGCUGGUUGGACAAUAUCGCUUGCAGUUUCAAAAAGUGCAAAUUCACAUGCAUUAAAUACAAACUAUUCCGACAAGACAACAACAAAGCCGACGAUGACCUUAACGAUUGCUUGAAAUGCGACGAACGCAGUUGUGGACCGGGAUUCAUUGAAUGUUCCGGAGCCAAUCGAAGACGAAUGGGGGUCGUCAGUGAUAUUGGACGGGAAGCGGUCGAUCAGUGUGAGGCCGUCGAUGUCGAUUGGACGACGGUUGGUGGUGAUGACAACAACAACUAGAUUCCUUCCUUCCUCCCAACUGGGAAGCACAACAAUAACAACAACAACCAACAGAGCAAAUUGCUGGAUUGCCCAAAGAAACAAAUUGUUUGGAACUAAAACAGCAACGCAUAAAAAGUACCUCUUCGGCGAUUGGAUUGCUUUCUCAAUUUUGAUAAAUCAUGUAACCACGACGGGAAGCAAACACAAUUGAGCGAGGGCAACAACCAAAACCAAAAAGCAACUACUGGGGGGAUCCUAGUGUUCAAAUAGAUACGGUACACUUUUAGCUACAUUUACAUCAUCUUUUAAAAGCAAGAGUUAACUCAUACAUCGCAGUGA